GGGAGAGAGAGAGAGAGAGGGCGACACUUCUGAUCGGAGGCGCAGCGGUGCGGGACGCUUCAGAAGAGCAGAGAGGAGGAGAAGUGCGGGAGAGACGGUGUCCAUCCGUCAACCAGCUGGAGGAACCCAAGCAACAAACCCCUAUGGCUGCUUGAGAAAUACCGAAACGCCCCCCCUUCCCCUUUUUCUCUCUUUCUCUGGGACUUUUGGCUUCUCUUAGUUGUUGCAAGUCUAAUUAGUUGCUCCAAGUUGAAAAGAAAAGAGUGAAUCCACUUGCCGUGGACGUGUCGGGCGGCCAUGGAUACCCAUAUAAGAUGGAAAGUUAAACGGAGGAUAAGGGACAUCCACAUCACUUUAGCGGUGGUUCUGCUUUUUGUCGCAUCGCAAGCGAGCUCAGUGGAAGUAGGAGACCUCUUGAAGAUUUUAGAUUUUCACAGUUUACCUGAGGGUGUUACGAAAACAACGGGUUUCUGCUCACAUCGGAGGUCAACACAAGGCCCAGAUGUGGCUUACAGAGUGUCCAAAGAGGCCCAGCUCAGCGCCCCCACAAAACAGCUGUAUCCAGGCGACGCGUUCCCAGAGGACUUUUCCAUCAUGGCCACAGUGAAGCCCAAGAAGGGCAGCCAGUCCUUCCUGUUGUCUGUAUACAAUGAACAGGGCAUCCAGCAGAUCGGACUUGAAGUGGGACGCUCUCCAGUGUUCCUGUACGAGGACCACACGGGCAAACCCACACCUGAGGACUACCCCCUCUUCAGAGGAGUCAACUUAGCCGAUGGGAAGUGGCAUCGAGUGGCCAUCAGUGUGCACAAGCAGACUAUUACCCUCAUUCUGGACUGUAAAAAGAAGACCACCCAGAAGCUGCUUAGGAGCCCCCAACCCAUCAUCGAUACCAAAGGAAUUAUUGUGUUUGGAACUAGAAUACUUGACGAAGAAGUCUUUGAGGGAGACAUCCAGAAGCUAAUGAUUGUAGCAGACCACCGUGCUGCCUAUGACUACUGUGAGCACUACAGCCCUGAUUGUGAAGUGCCAGUGCCCGACCAGCCUCAGAACCAAGACCCCAACACUGAUGAACACAACACAGAGGAGGACAGCUACUAUUAUGAAUAUCCCUACUAUGACGACGCAGAUGCCAAGCCUUUGGAACCAACUACAGAUAGUGAGACAACCACACAGGAAGCUAAGGGGACAGACACUUCAACAAGCUCCCCGGGCACCGACGGAGGGGACGACGAUGGCCGCUACGACAGCUACGACAGCUACAGCCCCUACGACGCUUACUACGACGAGGCGACGGUCGCGCCCGAUGUUGACACCACCCGACGUGUCACCAUCACCAGCAUUGGCACCGGGGCUGAGCUGGAGGUGGGAGCAGGUGGGCCUGUUGACUUGGGUCCCGUUGAAAGGCACGUCAUCACCAGCGAAGGAACAACAUCCGUAACCAAUAUGACAAAAGUGGAGAGUUCCUACGACUACAGUGACGGCUAUGAUUAUGGUGUAGACAGCGCUUACACUACUGAUGGAGAUGCCAGCAAUACAGUUCACAUCGGUGGUGGUGGAGGCAGCAGCAGCAGCACCGUCCACGUUAGCGGUGGUGGAGGCAGCAGCAGCAGCACCGUCCACGUUAGCGGUGGUGGAGGCAGCAGCAGCAGCACCGUCCACGUUAGCGGUGGUGGAGGCAGCAGCAGCACCGUCCACAUUAGUGGUGGUGGAGGCAGCAGCACCGUCCACAUUAGUGGUGGUGGAGGCAGCAGCAGCAGCACCGUCCACGUUAGCGGUGGCAGCAGUAGCAGUUCUGCCGUUGGUGGAGGGUCUUCUGCUACUGGAGGUGGAUCGGCCAGCACUGCCACAGGAGCUGGGGGGUCCACCACCACAGAAACAGAUGAUUACAGCGACCUGGAUGGGUUCAAACAAGAGGACCUCACUGAAUAUGGUGACCUGGACAACUACGACACCUAUGGAGACCUGGAUUACAACGACAAAGAGGGCAAAGUGCUGCCUGCCGAGACCAAUGAGUACUACGGACAGGUUGAUGGAGCCCGUGGCGAGAAGGGACAGAAGGGAGAGCCUGCUGUUAUUGAGCCUGGAAUGCUGGUGGAGGGUCCGCCUGGGCCUGAAGGGCCAACAGGUCUCCCCGGACCCCCAGGUCCUUCUGGCCCACCAGGCAGUGCUGGAGACUCUGGCGAGAGGGGUCCUCCGGGUCGUCCUGGUCUCCCUGGUGCUGAUGGUCUGCCGGGCCCCGCUGGCACUGUCCUGAUGCUCCCUUUUAGGUUUAGUUCAGGAGGAGACUCUGGACAAAAGGGACCUGCAGUAUCAGCACAGGAGUCCCAGAUGCAGGCCAUCAUGCAGCAGGCCAGGCUGGCCAUGCGCGGUCCUACAGGUCCAAUGGGUUUGACUGGCAGAUCUGGCCCACUGGGUCCUCCUGGUGUACCAGGACUGAAGGGAGAGUCUGGAGAGGCAGGGCCUCAGGGACCACGUGGACCUAUGGGAUCCCCGGGACCCUCUGGAAAGCCUGGCAGAAGGGGUCGUGCAGGAUCCGAUGGUGCCAGAGGCAUGCCAGGACAGUCUGGACCCAAGGGAGAGAGAGGGUUUGAUGGUCUGGCUGGACUUCCUGGUGAAAAAGGACACAGAGGUGAACCUGGCCCCUCCGGACCUCCUGGCGCUCCUGGAGAGGAUGGAGAGAGGGGAGAUGAUGGAGAAAUCGGACCCAGGGGACUUCCUGGUGAACCAGGGCCCCGGGGUUUGCUGGGACCAAAAGGACCUCAGGGACCUCCUGGACCUCCUGGUGUCACUGGAAUGGAUGGCCACCCUGGACCCAAAGGAAACAUUGGACCUCAAGGAGAGCCAGGACCUCCUGGACAGCAAGGCAAUCCAGGUGCACAGGGACUUGCAGGCCCUCAAGGAGCCAUAGGACCUCCAGGAGAGAAGGGUCCUACAGGAAAGCCAGGCUUGCCAGGAAUGCCAGGAGCUGAUGGUCCACCCGGUCACCCUGGAAAGGAGGGGCCUCCUGGAGAGAAAGGACACAUGGGCCCCGCUGGCCCUCAAGGACCCAUUGGUUAUCCUGGGCCCCGAGGCGUGAAGGGCGCUGAUGGCGUGCGAGGGCUCAAAGGAACCAAGGGUGAAAAGGGAGAAGACGGCUUCCCUGGCUUCAAGGGAGACAUGGGUAUCAAGGGCGACAGGGGGGAGCUUGGACCAGCGGGACCCAGAGGUGAAGAUGGUCCAGAGGGUCCAAAGGGGCGUUCAGGACUUCCAGGAGAUGCUGGACCUCUUGGGCCAAAUGGUGAAAAGGGUAAACUUGGAGUUCCUGGAUUGCCAGGAUACCCAGGAAGACAAGGACCAAAGGGAUCUCAGGGCUUCCAAGGUUUCCCUGGUGCCAACGGAGAGAAGGGAACUCGGGGAACAGCAGGAAAGCCCGGCCCACGUGGACAGAGAGGACCAACGGGACCCCGAGGAGAAAGAGGACCAAGAGGACCAACAGGCAAAGCUGGACCAAAGGGCAACUCAGGAAAUGACGGCCCCCCAGGACCUCCCGGUGAAAGGGGUUUGCCAGGGCCUCAGGGACCAACAGGCUUCCCAGGACCAAAGGGCCCACCUGGACCUUCAGGAAAAGAUGGAUUGCCUGGACAUCCUGGACAGAGAGGAGAAACUGGAUUCCAAGGCAAGACCGGCCCCCCUGGACCUCCAGGAGUGGUCGGACCUCAGGGACCAACUGGUGAGACUGGACCAAUGGGAGAUCGUGGCCACCCUGGGCCCCCAGGACCACCUGGUGAGCAGGGUCUGCCUGGAGCAGCAGGAAAGGAAGGCGCCAAGGGUGACCCUGGUCCUGCUGGCCCAGCAGGUAAGGAUGGACCUCCUGGGCCAAGGGGGUUUCCUGGUGAGAGAGGUCUUCCUGGAUCGUUGGGGGCUCAUGGUCUGAAAGGGAAUGAAGGUCCUCAUGGCCCACCUGGCCCUGCUGGUUCUCCCGGAGAGCGUGGACCUGCUGGCCCAGCUGGACCUACAGGUCUUCCUGGACGCCCUGGCCCUCAGGGACCUCCUGGCCCUGCUGGAGAGAAAGGUGGACCGGGAGAGAAAGGACCUCAAGGCCCAGCUGGAAGAGAUGGUAUUCAGGGACCAGUGGGUCUCCCAGGACCUGGAGGACCUCCUGGACCACCUGGAGAGGAUGGAGACAAAGGUGAAAUUGGAGAGCCUGGCCAAAAAGGAAGCAAGGGUGACAAAGGAGAACAUGGUCCACCUGGUCCCACUGGCCCCCAAGGGCCUGUUGGAGCUCCCGGUCCUGCUGGUGCAGAUGGUGAGCCUGGACCCAGAGGUCAGCAGGGUCUGUUUGGACAGAAGGGAGAUGAAGGAUCGAGAGGGUUCCCUGGACCUCCGGGCCCAGUUGGGCUGCAGGGCUUACCAGGUCCACCUGGUGAAAAAGGUGAAACUGGAGACGUUGGUCAAAUGGGUCCACCUGGUCCUCCUGGACCCAGAGGCCCCUCAGGACCCCCUGGCGCUGACGGCCCUCAGGGACCUCCUGGUGGCAUUGGAAACCCUGGUGCUGUUGGAGAAAAGGGAGAUGCUGGUGAAACAGGAGAGCCAGGUCUCCAGGGAGAAGUUGGUCCACCGGGUUCAAGGGGAGAACGUGGUGAGAAAGGAGAGGCCGGACCAGCUGGUGCAGCUGGACCUCCAGGCCCCAAGGGUCCCCCUGGAGAUGAUGGUCCCAAAGGCAGUCCAGGUCCAAGUGGUUUCCCUGGUGACCCCGGUCCACCUGGAGAGCCUGGUCCUGCUGGUAUGGAUGGUCCAGCUGGUGACAAGGGAGAUGAUGGAGAGGCUGGCCAGCCUGGUUCACCUGGGCCGACUGGAGAGUCUGGCCCCUCUGGGCCACCAGGAAAGAGAGGUCCCCCUGGAGCAACAGGACCUGAGGGAAGACAAGGAGAGAAAGGAGCUAAGGGAGAGCCUGGUUUGGAAGGUCCCCAAGGAAAGACAGGUCCUGUAGGCCCUCAAGGAUCACCUGGCAAACCUGGGUCUGAAGGCCUCAGGGGUAUCCCAGGCCCAGUUGGAGAGCAAGGUCUGCCUGGUUCUCCAGGCCCAGAUGGACCUCCUGGCCCCAUGGGCCCGCCUGGUUUACCCGGUUUGAAAGGAGAUUCUGGUGUGAAAGGAGAAAAGGGUCAUCCAGGUCUCAUUGGUCUUAUCGGACCCCCUGGUGAACAGGGAGAAAAAGGUGACAGAGGUCUACCUGGUCCUCCAGGAUCUUCUGGUCCUAAAGGGGACAAUGGUAUUGCUGGUCCUGCAGGUCCACUUGGUCCCAUUGGUCCUCCUGGAUUACCUGGUCCUCCUGGUCCCAAAGGUGCUAAAGGGUCAUCGGGUCAAACUGGACCAAAGGGAGAGUCAGGUACACCUGGACCACCUGGCCCUCCUGGCCCUCCUGGCGAUGUUAUCCACCCACUCCCCAUUCGAGCUCCCAUUAAGGGCAGAGCGCGUAGGAACAUUGAUGCUAGCCAGGUGCUGGAAGAAUCGCCUGCGGAUGCCAACUACAAGGACUAUGACGAUGGCAUGGAGGAAAUCUUUGGCUCUCUCAACUCCCUUAAACUGGAGAUUGAGCAGAUGAAGCACCCACUGGGUACACAGAGUAACCCUGCUCGUACCUGCAAGGACCUGCAGCUCUGCCACCCAGAUUUCCCUGAUGGUGAGUACUGGAUUGAUCCAAACCAGGGCUGCUCUCGGGACUCCUUCAAGGUUUACUGCAACUUCACAGCAGGUGGAGAGAGCUGCAUCUACCCAGAUAAGAAGUCUGAAGGGAGCAAAAUGGCAAAAUGGCCCAAAGACACGCCAGGCACAUGGUAUAGUCACUACAAGAGAGGUUCUCUGCUCUCCUACGUGGACGUCGAGGGCAACCCCAUCGGCGUGGUCCAGAUGACCUUCCUGCGGCUGCUGAGCGCGGCCGCCAGACAGAACAUGACGUACAACUGCUACCAGUCGGUGGCCUGGUACGACCAGGAGCAGGACGGCUACGACAAGGCCAUCCGCUUCCUGGGCUCCAACGAUGAGGAGAUGUCCUACGACAACAACCCCUACAUCCGUGCGGUGGUCGACGGCUGUGCGUCGAAAAAGGGCUAUGAAAAGACAGUUCUUGAGAUCAACACGCCAAAGGUGGAACAGGUGCCAUUUGUGGACAUCAUGUUCAACGAUUUUGGCGGCUCCACGCAGAAGUUCGGAUUUGAAGUGGGCCCCGUCUGUUUCAUCGGAUAAGACUGUUUACUGAGCAAAAGGAGAAAGAAAAGCAUAUUUUUGUUUUCUCAGAAAAUAAACUAUUGAAUAGGACAAUUCUAUUUGUAAAAAAGUACCUUUUUCCAUAAAGCAACAAGUAUGAGUAAAAUGAAAUCAAGUUGAGAAUCUUUAUGAAUAGAAGAAACCGAAAUAACCUUGAAACCUCAGUGUGCCUUCUCCAUCACAUGCAAGUUUUGAAACUGGAUGUCAGAUCCUGCCUCCUGCACCCACGCGAUGCUAGCCCCAUGUCAUCCCAGUUCUUGUCCCAAACAACGAAGGCCAAUCCUGAGAGCUGCAGCCUUUCCACGCGGCCGCAGUAUUUGCCACGGACUCCACUCGAUUAGGUUCUUUUCUUCGCUUUAGUUCUGAUCUCUUGUUUGCCUUUCAGCCCCCUGGUGUUUUUCACUUUUGUUUGCUCAUUCACCACAGGAGCUUUGUUUGUGCAUAAUUGUCUCUCCAUUCUCUUGGGAUGGAUCUUAUAUAUAUAAAUAUAUAUAUAAAUAAUUUUUAUAUUUGUAAGUACAUUCUGUAUAUUGUUUCCUGGUAAUGUUAAUUGCUUCUGGCUUCAAAACGUGCAUGUGACUUUCAUCAUUUUGAGGUGGGAGAUGGUGGAUACGGGGAUAACACCCAAAUCGUGGGAAUACGCCAAACGUGAGGAAAUUUGACUUGUAAAAAUUGAAAAGCGGCAAAGAACUAAUUGGGACGUGGUGUCUUGUUACAGUUGUGGAAGCACAUCUUGUUGUAAUUUAAGAACAGAAUGGAAAUAAAAGAGGAAAACAAGCUCUGUGAAAUUAUGUGACAGUUGAUUUGCAGAACUAACGAACAAAAAACAAUUCUCCUUUUAUCCCCCUUUAACCACCUUGGUGCCAACAUCAUUAACUUAAUAAACAGCUCCUGUUUCUUCUGAAACUCUCGUCUGACUAUGCAAUGGGAGAUGAUGUCACAUUUGAAUGAAAACACUACAAAAUCAAAAAACCUAGGUGCUAUUUUCUCUCUUCUGUGGUGCUAUGUAUUUUUCUAGUUUGUGUUGUUUGAAUGAGAGGAAAUUUGUGGUGAUCGUACUCCAUCACCAGCAGGACCCUGACUCUCUGAACCACCAGUAGGUGGAUCUUUGCUGCAUCCACUUUGGGUUUUUUUAAUGCUUUUCUUAGAUGUGCACUCACAGACCAGUGCAGCGCGGCGGUGCAAGUUAUCUCCUGCUUCAGCAGAUCGCACACAUAAGAUAUGCGUCCCGAGCCCAAACCGGCUGAGGAGGGUUAGGGGCCGCGUUUGCAUAUCGUCGCUCUAAAGGUGCUGCGUUUUUCCACUGUAGCCGUCGGACCAUCUGUGCCACGGACACCGAUGGGGUCGGGAAGUGGACAUGAGACUGGGCCAAAGGGUCCAAAGGGAAAGACGCCCUUAAACUUUCUGCCAAAGGUUUUCACUUAUACAUUUACAUGUAGCUUUGGUCGCUUUUUCUGUUUGGGGAAAAGAUUUGAAAAAGAAUUUGCUGGAUGUCACCGCAGUAGAGGAAGGUCAACAAGUUAGCCCGGGUUUGUUGUUGCCCCUUAUUUUUGCCUUAUUGUAAUUAUGCUUUUUGUUCAAACUAUGCACUCUCUAUGCUUAUGACCACUAGUAUCUACCACAGAAUCUUUACAGCCCUUCAUCCAUAGGUUUGUUUUGCUCCCUUUUUAUCUUUUAAUAUGUGACUUGAACCAUUUCUGAUAAGACAACUCAAUAUGCUUGUAGAUCUUUGGCUUUGUUCUUCAUUGUGAUGCAGUACGCCCAAAAGUUAACUUCUCUCUCGGUAAAAAUAAUAAAAAAGGACAAACGAAUUCUUGUAAAUUUCCAGAACCAGCAUUAGUGCUGCCAUUGUUUUGUUUGGGUUUUGUUUUACUUUGUCGAUUUUCCGUUUGUCUUGUCUUUGUUUGUUUGUUUCCACAGUCUUGUCAAACCUGUGUAAGGAUAAGAGAAUAGAAGAUAUAUUGGAUUUUGUGUCAAUAAAUUCAAGUUUACUGUGGCCAUCCACUCUUGUAUGUCUUUUGAAGCAUUAAAACCUAUCUGUAUGCAUGAAAUUGUAAAGUUUUUUCUCUUGUUAUAAGUGUAGCGUGGCUUGAUCUCCAGCCACGCUUUAUUCAUCAGGAUACAUCCGUUUUUUCAAUGCUAAAAGUGAAUGAAAAAACCAAAGGUCAUGUCCACAAUUGUGAAGUGGAGAGAAAAUGAUGAACUUGUAACUCUUACCAAAGCCAAUGUUCGUUUGUAGUAUAUUUAUUGUAUUAUUUAAAAUAAAAAAAUAAAUGUAAAAUGACACCAUA